CACCCUUCUUCGCUGGUUGCUGCCGUCGCUUUCGUCUGUUGUUUUCCGGCGAGAAUUAAUCCGACUAAAUCGGUAAAGAAUAAAGGAGAGAAAAUCACCAGAAAAAAGUUUCCAACUUUUCUAGAGGAAGAACCGACAGGAUUUUCCUUUUUUUUUUUUGGAAAAAAAAGUUUUGUUUUCUGAAAUGGCGCAGCUUCAGGUGGAGGUUCCAGCUCAGAAUGGUGUGGCCAAUGUCGGAAAUGGCGUCGGCGGUGGCCCGUCGGCGACGACGUCGUUGUACGUCGGCGAUCUCGAAGGCAGUGUCAACGAGACGCAGCUCUACGACUUGUUCAGUCAGGUCGGCCAGGUCGUCUCGGUUAGGGUUUGCAGGGAUUUGAGCUCUCGGAGGUCGCUUGGCUAUGGCUAUGUCAAUUUCAGCAAUCCUCAAGAAGCUUCGCGUGCUUUGGAUGUUAUGAACUUCGCUUCUGUCAAUGGCAAGCCAAUUAGGAUUAUGUACUCUAAUCGCGACCCCACCACUCGUAAAAGUGGGAGUGGGAAUAUAUUUGUUAAGAACUUGGAUAAAGGAAUUGAUAACAAAGCUCUCCAUGAUACGUUUUCAUCAUUUGGAAACAUACUAUCUUGCAAGAUAGCUACUGAUCAUUUGGGUCAGUCGAAAGGAUAUGGUUUUGUACAGUUUGACAGUGAGGAGUCUGCUAAGGCUGCCAUUGAGAAUCUGAAUGGCAUGCUGCUCAAUGACAAACAAGUGUAUGUUGGGCCCUUUGUCCGUAAGGAGGAAAGAGAUAAUGCCACGGAAAAGGCAAAGUUCAACAACGUUUACGUGAAGAACUUGGCUGAAUCAACAACUGAAGAUGACCUGAAGAAGAUUUUCGGCGAAUAUGGGAGUAUUACUAGUGUUGUAGUUGUGAGGGAUGGAGAAGGAAACUCCAAAGGUUUUGGAUUUGUUAACUUUGAGUUGACGGAUGAUGCAGCUCAUGCUGUUGAGGCUCUUAACGGAAAGAAGUUUGAUGACAAGGAGUGGUAUGUCGGGAAAGCCCAGAAAAAAGCUGAAAGAGAGAUGGAGUUGAAAGGGAAGUUUGAACAAUCUGUCAAGGAGACGGUGGAUAAAUAUGAAGGGCUCAAUCUAUAUGUUAAAAAUCUAGAUGAUAGCGUGACUGAUGAAAAGCUGAGGGAGUUAUUUUCUGAUUUUGGUACAAUUACUUCAUGCAAGGUUAUGCGUGACCCUAAUGGUAUAAGUAGAGGAUCGGGAUUUGUCGCUUUCUCCACUGCUGAAGAGGCAUCCCGAGCUCUCUCGGAAAUGAAUGGUAAAAUGGUUGUUAGCAAACCGCUCUAUGUUGCACUUGCACAACGUAAAGAGGACAGAAGAGCAAGAUUGCAGGCACAGUUCUCUCAAAUGCGUCCUCCUGCAAUGGUGGCUCCAGUUAAUCCUCGUAUGCCUAUGUAUCCUCCAGGUGCUCCAGGUCUUGGACAGCAACUAUUCUAUGGUCAAGGCCCUCCUGCUCUCAUUCCUCCCCAACCUGGAUUUGGGUAUCAGCAGCAGUUGGUUCCUGGGGUUAGGCCGAACUUUUUUGUGCCAAUUGUCCAACCAGGUCAGCAGAACCAACGUCCUGGGGGAAGACGGUCAGGACCAGGACCCGUGCAACAUAACAGGCAGCCACCUCCAUUGGUGCAGCCACAGAUGCUUCCGAGGGGACGUGUCUAUCGUUACCCACCUGGUCGCAACAUGUCUGAUAUUCCCAUUGGUGGUGCUCCUGGUGGCAUGCUAUCUGUUCCCUAUAGCAUGGGUGGAGUGCCAAUUAGAGAUACUCCAUAUGGACAGCCUAUGUCUACUGGGGCUUUGGCUUCUUCCCUUGCUAAUGCAACUCCUGAUCAGCAGAGGACAUUGCUGGGGGAAAACUUAUACCCACUGGUGGACCAAUUGGAACAUGAAAAUGCAGCAAAAGUAACUGGUAUGCUCCUAGAGAUGGACCAGACUGAGGUUUUGCACCUGCUUGAGUCACCGGAAGCCUUAAAGGCAAAGGUUGCUGAGGCUAUGGAGGUUCUGAGAAAUGUUGCUCAACAGACGCCACAAGCCAAUAGUCCAACAGAUCGGAUGGCUACACUGUCGCUUAAUGACAACAUUGUUUCCUAAGUUUCGUUAGUGAAGCCAUGAUGCUUAUAAUUAGCUGUGUGCUAAUUGAAGUACUCAGUUUUGAAAUUUUGUUCCCGGUGUUGCUUAUUUUUCAUUUAAGAUGAGUUGUUUUAGGAUGUAGGGUAUCGGAUUUAGUUGAGAUCGAAUUUUACUAGCAGUGUGACUUGGAAUUUACUGCAUUUCUAUGGUUAAAUUAUAUGGUCCACAUUACAAGAUUUUGAACCAUAUUUGGUCUCCUGUUUUU